ACUUCUUUUUUCUUUUUAUUUCAUAUUCCUUUUUAUAAGGGUAAAAUCUCGUUAAAUGAAUUCUUCACAUUAUACAUUCGCUGAGACACUAUCUGAUAAAAUGGAUGAUUCUGAUUCUGAUAAUAAUAAAAUGAUGUAUGAUCCUGAAACGGACAAAAAUGUUUACAAUGAGUGUUUUCCUCAAACAACGAAAAAAUUUUACGAUAUGAAAAGACCUGAAAAUUCUUCUCUUACAGAAAUUAUGGAACAAACAUCGAUAACUUUAAAAACUAUGAGUAAAGAAAUUAAUGAAAUAAAUGAUCAAAAUAGAAAUUUACAAGAUGAGAAUAAUAAACUGAAAGAAGAUUGUGACAAUUUAUAUAGGGAGAAGCUGAGUAUAGAGCGGAAUUUCUCAAGAGCUAAAGAUUACUACGAAUCAAAAAUUAAGGACUUGGAAUUAAAUGACCAAAUAAAAAAAUUAUUAGAUGAAAAU